UGAUGGAAAUGAUGGCAGCAGAGGUGGGUCUCCAGCAGUCUUCAGGAUUUUAUUGCCAGCAAUUUCCAAGAGUGCCUAGAACUUCAUGGACGCAGAAUUGCAUUUUUCCAGGGCUGUCAAAGGGUUUUUUGAGGAAGUCGUCACUCUCAAUGUCCUCCAGCGCCCAAUUUCGUUCCUGUCAUGUGCCAUCUAUUAAUGGCGGCACGAUGCUAAAGCGGAAAGGCAUUCAUGUCGUGUCUUCUGAUCUGGCAUCACCAGGCUUGGCAGUGGAGUUGCUUGAUGCAUGGGAUGAUGAAUAUAAUGGGGUCAUCAUCGACACAGAAUGCUUACCCUCAAGUGCAAACGCUUUUGCGUCUGCCCUUCUUGCUUCUCUAACCAACUGGAAGCUGAAGGGGAAAAGUGGUAUAUGGCUCAAGAUAUUGUCAGAGCAAGCUGAUCUUGUUCCAAUUGCAAUUCAGGAGGGUUUUGACUACCACCACGCAGAACCAGGUUAUGUUAUGCUGACUUACUGGAUUCCAGACGAACCUUGCCUGCUCCCUGGCAGCCCUUCUCAUCAAAUUGGCAUAGCAGGAUUUGUCAUUACUGACAAAAAAGAGGUCCUCGUUGUGAAAGAGAAAUGCCCUUGCAGUUGCUCUGGGGUAUGGAAAUUGCCUACUGGCUAUAUCAAUAAGUAUGAAGAUAUAUUUUCUGGAGCUGUAAGAGAAGUGAAAGAAGAAACUGGUGUGGAUACAAUUUUCCAGGAAAUGGUUGCUUUCAGACAUGCGCAUCGGGUGGCUUUUGAGAAGUCGGAUUUGCUCUUCGUCUGCAUGCUAAAGCCCUUAUCUUCAGAUAUCAUAGUCGAUGAGAAGGAAAUUCAAGACGCUAAGUGGAUGCCCCUUGGAGAAUUCAUUGAGCAGCCAUUUUACCAAGAAGAUCACAUGUCGAGAAAGAUGAUCGAAAUCUGCACCGCGGCACAUGAAGAUCGCUACGAUGGAUUCACUGCUCAACAGCUGAUAUCGAAACUUGAUGGAAGAGUUACUUACCUUUAUUACAAAGGGUGAAGCAAAAUUUAGUUCCCUGUUGUGAUCUAGUAAAAGGAACAUGAAAUGUACUUAUAUGCAAUAACGACCCAAACCCAACCCCAUGCUAUCAUGUUUUAAGAAGAACAUAAAUAAUAGUGUGAGACAAACAAAUUUAAACCAAUAAUAACGUUGAAAGAGAAAAGCAAAACCCAUGAAUAAAAAUUUUACUUCAAAAUUUCUGGGUUUUCAUAGAAAGUUCUGGAAAAUCGUUGAAGGUGUGAUAGGUGGCAUCAUUAAGCAAUCAAAAAGGGCAAAGGCUCACGUGCUUCCAAUAAAACUCUUGGAUCAAAACGGUUGGCAUUUGACAGGAGGAAGUCAGGGAAAGGCCAGAAAAAUAAGCCCUCCAUACAGCGCAGUAACUGCUAAUUCUAGAUGGACCCGAAUCCUAAUCUCUUGCUGCUGCUGCUGACCACCACACCUUCCAUGAAGCCCGU